ACUUAUUAGCUACAUUCGUAUUCAGCCUGCUGAGCUUUAACGGGGACAACGAAGAUUCGAUUGAAUCUCUUGCCACGUUGUCUCAUAUGUUACGCGCGCGCAUUCCGCGAGUGUCAUCUACAGGUUCGCAAAGGAGAGUCUCGUUUAUUCAAUCUCUUAGAGAAAACAAAAAGCAUUGAUGAAUUAAUUAAUUUCGUGUGAUAGGUGUGAUUGUAGUUCAACUGUUCGAUUGCCGAAAUUCUGAUCAUGAUGCGACUGAGUUUCGCACUCGUUCUUAUUGUCGCCGGUUUACACGUUUCCACCGGCGAGGACUGCAAGGGAUGUGUUCCCUUGGAUUCUUAUUCGUUUGACAAGGUGAUCCCCAAGUUUAAGACAGUGCUUGUUAAGUUUGAUGUCGCAUUCCCGUAUGGUGGCAAACACGAGCAGUAUGCUACUGUAGCAGCUGAUACAAGGGACUCACAGGAUCUUCUAGUAGCUACAGUAGGCGUGAAGGACUUUGGCAAUAAAGACAACUCUGAUCUAGCACAGCGCUACAACAUAAAGAAGGAGGACUUUCCAGUGGUAUUACUGUUCGUACAAGGCAGAUCAGAACCGAUUAAGUUUGUUCCCGAGAGAGAUUACGACUUCACUGGAGAAUAUCUGAAACGGUUCAUCAGAUCCAAGUCUAGAGUAUAUCUGGGUCUACCAGGAUGCGUAGAACGGCUAGAUAGACUAGCUGAAGAAUUUAAAGUCGCAGGGGAACAGGAGAGACAGGAAAUAUUGAAGAAGGCAAGAAUCUUUGAGGAAACUUUGCCAGAAGAACAACGGGAAGCUGCAAAGGUUUAUGUAAAAACCAUGGAAAAGAUUUUAGAGCGUGGAGAUAUAUUCGUGCAAACGGAAGAGACGCGAGUGCAAGGGCUUCUUUAUAGAGGAAAACUGUCCGAUCAAAAGAAACGCACGAUGGAGGAGAGACGAAAUAUUCUACAGUCUUUCUCGGCUAGGGACGAGCUUUAGACAACACGUCGAAUUAAUAAAUAAUCGUCCAAGCAUCUGAUAAUUCAGUUUUAGUACAAAUAUCAGCUAUUCAAUUGUUAUUCCGAAUUAUCUUAUAUGCUGGAUAAAACUUUAUAUCAGGCGACAAUAGGAAUAGGAGUUACUGUCGCUUGAUAUCUUAAACACUACAGUAUUUCUUUAAUACUUUUCUUUUGUCACGGUAUAUGUAUAUAUAAUCCUGUAUAUAUACAGGACCCUCAAAAUGCAAUAUUAUUUUUUAUAUAUUCUUAUGUGCGAUCGUUUCUUUAUAUUAAAUGCUUUAUAUAGCGUUAUAUGGAUUACAUAAAAUAACUAGGCGAUAAGCAUUAAAGAUAUAGGAUUCUAUAUUUAGAGAUACUUGGUUGUAAAAUCAGUCAGUCGAUAAGUAAUUACAUAAUGCAGUUUAAUCUAUUAUAUAAAAAUUACAUAGGGUUAAAAAAUUAAAAUUAUCGGGAAUUCUCUAAAAGAUAGGCAAUUUUAACAGGUUGUGGGUUUAGAUACUAUACUGUAAACAACAGAGUAGAUAAAAAUUUAAUCAAUUUUAUACCAAUUGUCAGAACAUACGCUCACAAUUGCGCACAUACAAAUAUUUGCGACUUUCUCAAUCCGUUAUGUCAUUUUUCAAAACAUACACGAUGUAAUUAUUAGCCAUGAAUAGACAUGUGAUAUAAUAGGUAAAUCAUCUCGAAUUCUCGAAUAAAUAAUUCGAAUAAGAAUAAUGGAAAAUAAAAUGCAAAAAGUUUCUCUGUUUGCGCACAA